AUGAUGGGUUCCGCUCGGUGGGCCUGCGCGCUGCUGCUGCUGCUACUGGCAGCGCACGCGCAUGCGGAUGUGUCUAUAAAAAGCGUAGAUCGCAAGAUCAACCUCAAGACACAGAUAGCGAGGGUCACGGAUGUGAUCGAGUUCACUUCCAGCAGCGGAGCUGCCAGCUCGGUGCUGUUGUGCUAUCCGAGCCGGCUGGCGGAGCGCAUCGCGCGCCUGCGGGUGACCGCCGGCGACGCCAAAGCCGAGGCCGUGCCCGCAGCGGCGCCGGCCGGCGCGCCGGACGGCGUGUCCUGCUUCAGCGUGGCCGUCGCCCUGGCAGAUGGCGGGUCAGUGUCUGUCGAGGCUGCGGCGUCAAUCACCAGCGUGAUGACGCCCAACCCCGCCAAGGUCGCCCAGGACGAGCCCAUGCUGGUCGAGUACCGGGACACGCUUUACGCGGUGUCGCCCUACAAGAUCGACAAGCAGAGCACCACGGUGACUCUGCCCACGGCCAACGUGGUCAAGUUCAGCCCCAAGUCCAAGGGCUCGCAGGAUGGCGGCAAGAUCGCCUUCAAGAAGCUGGCCGCCGCGGAGCCCUGGACGCUCACGCCCCUGAAGCUGCACUUCCAGCACGACAAGCAGUUCAAAAAGGUGCUGACGCUUGUCCGCGAGAUCGAGGUGUCGCACUGGGGCAACAUAUAUGUUGAGGAGUCAUACAUCCUGCAAAACGCGGGCGCGGAGCACAAGGGGCAGUUCAGCCGCCUGCGCCACACGCACAACGUCGUGUACCGCGCGACGAGCUUCCAGGUGAGACCCUCAAACCAACUAUGCAGUUGGUCGCCAAUGUGA